AAACUCCCUUUCAACCAAAUAGCCACAAGAAUACACAAUAAAUCACUUUGUGCUACUUAUCCAAUACUGAAGAUAAAGAUUUGUUAUUUUCAACACUUAAACUGCUCAACAAUACUUCGAAAAGGUUUACAUCAACUGUCAUACACCGCCCAUCAUGGGGGUGUCGGUCAUUGAUGAGCAGCGCCAGGGUAAGCUCGACUUUGCGAAUCUCAGGGAAUGUGUGAACGCUGACCAUGAGUUAUAGCUAUUUUGGAUGCCAUAAAAUCUAUCACUCGAGGCGACGUAUGUUUUCUGAUUCUGUGCUCGAAUACAUGCUGAAACAUUAGCAGUGGAAAGUACUGGUUAUAGACGAGGCGACUAAGAAGAUAGUGUAUAAUGUCCUUAAGGAAGAUGACAUUCUCAACGAGAAUAUCGCCAGUAUGUAUAUUUAAGCGGGUUGAUUGGGCUUUACUAAAGAUACCGCAGAUGUGGAAAUACUGGAAAGCAGGAGGGAAAUGAACCCUGGCAUGGAUGCUAUAUAUCUCCUAUCACCAGAGCCACAUGUUGUCGACUGUUUGCUGGCAGACUUCGAACGUCGAAGAUAUCGCAAAUCAUUCCUAGUAUGGGUUGCCCUUCUCGAUCCAACGAUGCGCCGGCGUAUCGACUCCUCUAGACAAGCACAAGAACAAUUAGCCGGCUGGGAAACUUUGUCAAUAGAUUAUUACCCCCGCGAGUCACAUUUAAUUACCUUCAGAGAUCCUUGGAGUUUUCCUAUUUUAUUUCACCCAGCAUGUGCUCCUUUGGUGCGCGAUCAUAUGCAACUUCUAGCGCAAAAGGUAGGAUCCAUCGAAUGGCAUGAACUACAGGUUUGGGCUGAUUUUGAUAAAUAGAUUACUGGAAUUUGCGUAUCCCUAGGGGAAUCCCCAAAAAUACGAUAUUACAGACCCAAAAAUCCUACACAUGAAGCAGCAGUCUUAUGUUCUCAUUUAGCUAGAUUUGUUCAAGAGGAGCUCGAUGCAUACCAGCAAUAUAACCCCAGUUUCCCACCGCCAUCUAAUCGACCUCAAGGUGUUCUCCUCAUAACCGAUAGAUCAAUGGAUAUAUUAGCACCAUUACUACACGAAUUUACAUACCAAGCCAUGGCACACGACCUCCUGCCAAUCAAAGACCACGAGAAAGUUACAUACACAACUAUAUUGAAUGAAGGAACUGCACAAGAAGAACAGAAAGAAAUGGAAAUUGGUGAGAAGGACAAGAUAUGGGUAGAAAACAGGCAUCAGCAUAUGAGUAAAACUAUCGAAAAAUUAAUGAGCGAUUUCAAAAAGUUUAUCGCAGACAAUCCACAUUUUGCCAAACAAGAUGCGGAAAAUGUCAGUAUAAAUCAGAUCAAGGAUAUGUUAGCAGGAUUGCCCCAAUUUCAGGAGAUGAAGGAAGCAUACUCUUUACAUUUGAAUAUGGCACAAGAAUGUAUGAAUAUCUUUCAACAUCACGAGCUUCCCGAUAUUGCAUUGGCGGAACAAACACUAGCCACAGGACUCGACGAAGAUUACCGGAAGCCUAAGGAGAUGGGUGCACAAGUCAUUCGUUUACUAGAUAAUCCAGCUGUUGCUCCCAAGGAAAGGUUAAGGCUUAUUAUACUUUAUGUCAUAUUCCGAGAUGGUUUGAUUGUGGAAGAUAUAGAACGUCUUCUACAUCACUCGGGACUUCCUCUCUCAGAAAUGAACGAAAUUCUUAACCUAGAAUUACUAGGGGUACACACCACCAAGAAACUUACAGAUAAAAGCAAAGCUUCAUCAGUCCCGUUAUUCCCACCGAAACCUAUACCCACCAUGAUCAACGAAGAGCUUGCUCUGUCCCGAUAUGAAACCAACCUUCAACGUAGUCUUGAAGAAAUCACCAAAGGAACUUUAGAUCCAUCUAUCUUCCCUUACACAAAACCCCCCACAGAUCCAUCCGAAGAAAUGGCUUUUCAAUCACAAGCUUCACUUCGUAGUGCCAAGCCUACAUGGGCUCGUGGACGUAGUACCACACCAGAUAACAUGCAAAGAAUCAUUGUUUUCAUAGCUGGUGGAGCUACUUACUCCGAAGCAAGAGCUUGCUACGGAAUUUCGAAAGAUUGCAACAAAGAUGUAUUUUUAGCAACCUCUCACAUGCUCAAUCCAAACUUGUUCCUAAAACAAGUCGGUGAUUUAACCGCCAGCAGGAAGCAACUAGAUCUACCAAUCGACAGACCAAAACCUAAAGCUCCAGCCUAUCUUUUCAUGGCCAAUGAUCCUCCUCCAGCUCCACCGGCUGCGCAAAGUGGACUCGGAUUACCGAGUGGACCAAAUCACGCUCCUGGAGGCGUGAGACCUCCAAGAAGCCCAGGAGCUCCAGCUCCGCCAAUGAAGAGUCCAGAUAGUGGGCAUUUGACCGCGGGAAUGCAGCAGAUGUCUCUAAACGGGACAGGAGAUGGAGCAGGACAUUCUUCUGGAAAAUUAGAGAAGAAGAAGGGUGAGGAUGGGAAAGAGAAGAAAAAGAAAAUGCACUUCUUCAGGAGUAAAAAAUAAAAAGUGGUAAUUACUUCGGCCCUGGUGUCUUGUUGAUGAACGGAGAUGCGAAAUAGGAAAUCAUUAGGAUAGGGGUUAAAGAGUUUGUGUAUCAUAUGGAGGGUUGAGGCACAAUAAACGCGCAUGGAGUAAAUAUGUGAAUUACAGAUAAUGUUCUGUGUCGGUGGAGAACAAAUGAAGAAAUCGAAGGAUAUUAAACCAUAUUUACGGAAAGGGAUAUGCCGGAGAUAUUGAAGGCAUUACUAAUAGCAUAGUCGGGAGAUGAAGUAUACAAGAUGUACAAGAAUGGUGAAAUUGGGCUGGGCAAAUAAUAAUAGUAGCAUGAACGUGUAAUACGAAUUUGAAAAAUUAAUUGAUAUGU